AUGGAAAGCUCGUCUGCUGGUGAGUUGGAUGACAAGUUCACAAAUUUCACCACUAGCGGAUUUGAAGAAUCUAUGAAUUGGAUUUUUGGCCAAAACUCACCGGUGAUAUCUCCAAAUUUUGAAAGCAUUCUUCAAGAUUACUCUUAUUCAGCUGAAGCCGAUAAUAGCAAAUCAGCGAAGUUGGUCUCGUAUGUCUCCUCAAACACAAUAUCAAAGUUGCUAGAGUUGUUGAAAACCCUAAACAUUGAAGCUGACUUCCAAUCAUUCUUUACACAUACAGAUGAGUUUUUGGAUCUGUUUUGGCACUGUUUUGACACAAUGUAUCCAAUAAUUCAUAGGCCCACUUUCGAUGUUUGUUAUUCAAAUCCAAAUCCAACAGUUUUAAAUCUUUUGCUUUUGAUAAUGAUUGUUGUUAUAGGAUCUAGUUUUGCAAAGCAAGAACCCGAAUUUCAUCUCGUUGCAAAUGAAUUACAAUCAAAAGUCAGGUCUCAAUUAAUUUUGGAACUUCAAAAAAUCAAAGAAAUGAGAAAUGCACCAUUAGCGUUAUUGCAAGCGCUAUCUUUAACAGAUUAUUUCAGUCUAUAUUCAGGUACCAAUAAGAAUCUUUUCGAGUUUCAAAUUUAUCAUCCUUUAAUCAUCAAUCUAAUCAAGGAAAUUGGAUUGUAUUCUGAAAAAGGUGACCCAUUAGAGUCAAAAGAAACAACAUAUGAAACAUACCAAGACUGGAUCAGUUAUGAAAGUUGGAAAAGAGUUGCAUUUUUUAAAUAUUUGUUAGAUAUCCAAAGAUAUUUUUUCCUAGGUACGAACCCUUGUUUAUCAGUGUUUGAUGUGAAAAUCAAUUUACCUUGCACGGACUCUACUUGGUACGCUAUUGACACAGAGGGUUUUAAAAAUGAGUAUUCAAAACAACCAAAAGAGCUCAAUGCUAGGUCUAAUUCAUUAUCCAAUUUUGAGAAUGUUCAAACAAGGUAUGACCAAAAUGAACAAAACAAGUUGAACAUAAUUCCUGAAGUCACCCAAGAGGGAUCCUGGCCUAAUUUUUUAUGGAGUUUGAGAAGAUUAAUGCAGCCUUAUUCAAACAAUCAAAAAGAAUACCAUGUGGAUUGCUUUUCUCAGUUUUCAAGAUUUAUCUUCCUACAUGGUGUCUUGUCUCUAGUCAAAGAAUUAAGAAAUGUUCAUUCUUUUGGUCAGGAAGUUUUAGGUAAAUCGCAGUUUUUUGCUGCAAAGAUUGAACAAUCAUUCUACAGCUGGAGACUUUACUUGCAUCACAAUAUCAAGGAGGCUAACGCGUCCACUACAUCUUCAUCAUGCAGUGCUUCAUUAAAUAAUUAUGAAAUUUCACCGGCAUUUUGGGCAAAUAUUACUAUGUUCAAUGUUGGGUUAUUGGGACUUUAUUGCAAAAUUGACCUAUUAAUUGGCUUGUUCAAAGAACUAAAGUUGGGAUCAACAAAUUCUUUUACAAUAGAAGCUGCAAUUUCAUGGUCAAAGUCAAAAGACGGGGAACAUUCAUUAAUUCAGGCGUGUCGACUACUGAGGACAAUGGUAGAUAACAAAGAGCUGAUUGAUGCAGUACCACAAGCUGUAUUUUCCAUAUAUAUAAGCAUCGUCGUGUGUUGGGUGUAUGAAUUUGGAAUGCUACCUGAUUUGAAACUGUGGAAGGACGUGACUAUACUUAGCGAUGUGUUGAAUCAUCAUGAAAAAUCACUAAAUUACCUGGAUUUAGUCUUGGAAGGCAAAAACUGUGAAAUAGUGACUACAGACCGUUUCGAAUUGUUAAAGUAUCACAUGUUGUAUGUCACAAAUUACUUGAAACCUUGUAUUUGGAAACACUCCAGUUGGGCAAGUUACGUAGAAGAAAUUGAAAGUAUGACUACUUAA